AUGCGUUUCGCUCUCCGCCGUAUGACGCGCCCAAUCGCGCAGGUCGCCCGCCCCCGCCUGUACUCUAGGGGAUUCGCAUCGGCUCCCUUCCAGAUUCCUGCCGAUGUCCGCCCUCUCACGGACGCCGACAAGGCCGCUGUUGCCGCGACCGCCCCCAUCCUUGCCGAGCAUGGUGUGACCAUCACCAAGGAAAUGUACAAGGUCAUGCUCGCUAACAACCCCGACCUCAAGAACAUUUUCUCGAUCCCCGCCCAGAACAGUGGCGAUCAGCCCAAGGCCCUGGCCGGAUCGGUGCACGCGUACGCUGCCAACAUCCACGACCUUAGCCCUCUUGUCCCGACCGUCAUCCGCAUUGCUGAGAAGCACGCCGCUCUUGGCGUCAAGCCCGAGCACUAUGCGGUCGUUGCCGAGAACCUCAUGGGCGCGAUCUCGCGCGUCCUCGGAGAUGCCUUUACCCCUCAGCUCCAGGAUGCUUGGUACCAGGCGUACUGGCAGCUUGCCAAGAUCUUCAUCGACACCGAGGCCGACCUCUACGCCAAGGCUGCCUGGGACGGGUGGAAGGACUUCAAGAUCACCGGUCACAUGGACGAGACUUACCAGAUUGCCUCACUCGAGUUUGUCCCCACCGACCCUUCGAUGCUCCCUCUCAAGCCCUACAAGCCCGGCCAGUUCAUCACCAUCCGCGUCAUGAUUCCCGAGCUCGGCUUCUACCAGUGCCGCCACUACUCGCUGUCCGACUCGCCCGCGGAGGACCGCUACCGCGUCACGAUCAAGCGCGAGGACCUUGACGGCGGCUCGGUUCCCGAUGGUCUCGUCUCGACCCACCUCCACAAGCUCCCCAUCGGCGCGACGAUCCAGUGCGCGUUCCCCACGGGCUCGUUCCACCUUCCCAACCCUCUGCCCGAGCACGUCGUCUUCCUCUCCGGUGGUGUCGGCAUCACCCCCAACAUGUCCAUGUUCAACACCUUGAUCGAGGACGGUGCCAAAACCAAGAUCUCGUGGAUCCAGGCCGUCCAGACCAAGAACCACCACGUCUUCAAGCGUCACGUUGACAGGAUCGUCGCUAUGGCGGGUGGCCGCAUCAAGUCGGAGGCCUUCUACUCGGAAGGCCCUGCUGAGGGUCCCAACACGCACGAGGGCUUCAUCGACGUUGCUGGACUUGACGCUGAGACCCUGGCCCUCCAGGACCCCAAGGCCCAGUACUACGUCUGCGGCCCCGACGUGUUCAUGACCACGAUGGUCAGCGCUCUCAAGGCUCGUGGCGUCGACGCGGCCAACAUCCACUACGAGGCCUUCCGCGCAGGCGAGGUCGAGUAA